AGGGAUUGGCUGGCUCAGUCCAGCCCCAGUUCCCCACGCAACUUAGCUUCCGGCAGGUCAGACGCCAGGGACAAAGACAGUUCAGAGAAGACAGGAGGUCCUGGAAGAAUCGCUGCUCUUGAGAGAAGGAUGCUACAGCUGAGCCUGUCCUGGCUGGGACUGGGGUCCACGGCUGCCUUCCCAUGGCAUCUCCUGUUGCUGGGUGGGGCCUCCUGGAUUCUGGCCCGAAUUCUGGCCUGCAUCUAUGUCUUCUAUAACAACUGCUGCCGCCUUCGUUGCUUCCCUCAGCCUCCUAAACCAAACUGGUUUUGGGGUCAUCUGGGCAUGAUGAGGAGCAACGAGGAAGGCAUGCAGUUUGCAGCACACUUGGGCCACUACUUCCGUGACAUCCACCUCUGCUGGUUUGGACCUGUCUACCCUGUCCUGAGGCUCAUCCACCCGAAGUUCAUUGCUCCCCUGCUCCAGGCCUCAGCUGCUGUUGCACCCAAGGAAAUGACUUUCUAUGGCCUCCUGAAGCCCUGGCUGGGGGAUGGGCUCCUGCUGAGUUCAGGUGACAAGUGGAGCCGCCAUCGUCGCCUGCUGACGCCUGCCUUCCACUUUGACAUCCUGAAGCCCUAUGUGAAGGUUUUUAACAAGAGUGUGAACAUCAUGCAUGCCAAGUGGCAGCACCUGACUGCCAAGGGCAGCGCCCGUCUGGACAUGUUUGAACAUAUCAGCCUCAUGACCUUGGACAGUCUGCAGAAAUGCAUCUUCAGCUUUGACAGCAACUGUCAGGAGUCUCCCAGUGAAUACAUUGCUGCCAUUUUGGAGCUCAGCUCCCUCAUAAUGAAACGGCAGCGCCAGCUCUUCCUGCACAUGGACUUCCUGUACUACCUCACUGCUGACGGGCAGCGCUUCCGCAAGGCCUGUGACCUGGUGCACAACUUCACAGAUGCUGUCAUCAGGGAGAGACGCCGCACCCUCUCCAGCCAAAGUGUUGAUGAAUUCGUAAAGACCAAGGCUAAGUCUAAGACUUUAGACUUCAUUGAUGUGCUCUUGCUGGCCAAGGAUGAACAUGGAGAGGAGCUGUCUGAUGAGGACAUUCGGGCAGAGGCUGACACCUUCAUGUUUGGAGGUCAUGACACUACAGCUAGUGGGCUCUCCUGGACCCUGUACAACCUUGCGAGGCACCCAGAAUACCAGGAGCGCUGCCGGCAGGAGGUGCGGAAGCUGCUGAGGGACCGUGAUCCAGAGGAGAUUGAAUGGGACGACCUGGCCCAGCUGCCCUUCCUGACCAUGUGCAUCAAGGAGAGUCUGCGCCUGCAUCCUCCGGUUACGAUGAUCUCCCGAUGCUGCACCAAGGAUGUUGUGCUGCCAGAUGGCCGGGUCAUCCCCAAAGGGAAUGUCUGUGUCAUCAGCAUUUUCGGGGUUCAUCACAACCCUUCCGUCUGGCCAGAUCCUGAGGUCUAUGACCCCUUCAGAUUUGACCCAGAAACUCCACAGAAGAGGUCGCCUCUGGCUUUUAUUCCCUUCUCUGCGGGGCCCAGGCUUUGAAGAUUCUGCCUAGCAUCGCAAUGCUCAUGAAGAGUUGGGGGACCGGGUUUUGUCGAUCCCUGACCUCCUACAGAAGCCUGUGUAAAUCCUGGAAGACUCCGCAGGGCUAGUGUGGGUCCUGUUUGUCUCCUGACCUUGGAGAAUGCUCCCUCUGUAGGACAGUUUGAGAACAGCAGGCACGAAAGAGAUGGGUUCAACGUGUCCCUGACUGCGGUGGGGAUUUGGGGAAGGCGCACAAACCACCCUUCUGAGGGCUCUAGAGGCAGCCUCCUGAUGCUCUUGCUAACUGAACUGAGAUGGCAAUGAGCAGGUAGAGGGAGGUGAGGCCGUUCCUAACAUCCUACAGCGUCAGGAACCCUGACUCUACCCACAUACCCUCUCUGGUAACCACUCUGCUAGGAGUCUGACUCUUCGAGCACUUGCUCUCUGGAACCAAUCACAGAGUAAGUCUGGACAAAGUCCAGGGUGGUUCAGGGGGGAUCAUGUGAUCUGGGCAGGGGCUUGUUAGUUCUUCUAUUAAAUAAAUAUUUUUUCUCCUCUGGAUGCCAUCACUUGCGUCUCCCCCUGUGACAUCAGGACUCUGGUCCAGACUGCUGAGGAGUGCACGGUAGGAAAACUUACUCCUUGAGGUUGCCUGAAUGCAAGAAUGGACAGACACACUUUAUACUAUCAUGGUCAUCACAGUCCUUUAGAGGAACAGCCAAUACAAUGAGAAUAUGUUACUAAGGGGUGCAGCAUGUCUUCCAUAGUUGUGGCUGAAUCUGUAUGGUGCAGAGGCUGAGAAGUCUGUAUGGUGAAGUUGAGAAUUUGUACUUGCUCAGUCCAUGAAGCUGGAUGCCUCCGCAGUUCAAAACCUGGAGGGUACCUGAAGAACCAUCGGUCUUCAGUACACAUUGGAAGAAUGGCGAAUCUAGAUUCCAGUGUCCACAAACAGCAGCAGAUUCCAAGUGGAUCCACUUGCCAACAAGGCAUGAAGGCGGGCAGGAAAAGGCAACACUGCCUGUUUUCCUUCAGGUCUCUUUAUAUCGGGGCUGCAGUCAGAAAGUGCUGCCUUCUAGGGGAGGACCUUCCUCUCCAGUUCUUCUUUCCAGAAAGUAGCCUCAUAAGCCUGUCCAGAGGAAUGCACCACGGUCGUCCAGUAUACAGUAAGCAUAUUUUAUGGAGAAGAUGCUGCAUAAUGUAGUACUUUCCUGUACCAGUUGGUUUAUGUGUGUCAACUUGAGACAAGCUAAAAUCAUCAGAGAGGAAGAGGAAAUGCCUCCAUGAGAGCCAGCUGUAAGCUGGUGAUCAAUGAGGGGGGCCCAGCCCAUUGCGGGUGGUGCCAUCCCUGGGCUGAUGGUCCUGGGUUCCAUAAGAGAGCAGGCUGAGCAAACCAAGGGAAGCAAGCCAGUAAGCAGCACCUCUCUGAAGCCUCUCAGCAGCUCCCAUCUCCGGGAUCCUGCCCUGUUUGAGUUCCUGUCCUGGCUUCCUUCAAUAAUGAAAAGCAAUGUGGAAGUGUAAGCCAAAUAAAUGCUUUUUCCCCAACUUGCUUUUUGGUCAUAGUAUUUUGUCGCAGCAAUAGAAACCCUAACUAAGACAUUUCUCUACACGCUCCACUUUCUGCACAUAAGACUUGCCCACAGCAGCUCCUGUAGGAAUCACCAGGCUCUUCCUUCACUCCCUCUUCUUGGCCCCUCCUUUCUCCUCCUCAAAAACCCUCCAUGGACAGCUGCCUCCCCAGCUGUGAGAACUGCAGUCAAGAGAGCUGGCCAUCCCCACAGUCAGAUGUAGAAAGAGGACUCAGUGUCCCCUUUCUGCCCUCUCCUCGUGGACGCCCGUCUCCUCAGAAGCCUUUUCAGUUCCACCCCACAUGUCCCUCUACCCCUUGCUCUGCAGCUCAGCCCAGCCCAGCCAUGUUCUGGCAGCUGGGCUUAUUAUCUUUGCAAUCUGACCUGGGUAAUCUCCAGCAGGGCUGGAUUCUUUAUUCCUGAUCCUUUUCACCUGAGCCCUGGUCUUCUUAGACUCCAAGCCUUGGAGGAAGAACGUGAAUUUUCCCAGGCUGUGAGGCUGUCAGGCAAAAGCAUCACAGAACCUUAGUGACACGCCAAGAAAUGUUGCACAGAUCCUUCCGUCUUGCA